GUCUGGUCUGUGACCGUGACCGGCAGCAGCAUUGGUGUGGACCUGCCGGAUGGAACACAGAGCCCUGGACAGGCUGUGAGACAGAUGGACAGACAGAGUGACAACUGGCUGUGAAGGUGAAGCUGGAGGUCAUGAUUGAUUGGCCGAAUGUGACGGUGGUCAGCCACCCAGAGCACAGCCUGAAGCCUGAGGAGAUCCAGAGGUCCAAAUGUGUCCUGGGCUUCUUCCCUGUGGUCUACUACAGCGCCCUCCUCUGUGUCGGAGUACCAGUAAACAUCCUGACGGCGGUGGCCUUGUCCAGGCUUGCAGCCCGCACCCAGAAGGCUUUGUACGUGUACCUGCUAGCGCUGACGGCCUCUGACAUCCUGUCCCAGCUCUUCAUCAUCUUCGUGGGUUUCCUGUUGGAGACGGCCGUGUUCCACCGCGAAGUCCCCGCUCUCCUGCUCCACUCCGUCAGCGCCCUGGAGUUCGCCGCCAACCACGCCUCCAUCUGGGCCGCCGUGCCUCUCACGGUCGACCGCUACGUGGCGCUGUGCCACCCCCUCCUCCACCGCCAGAUCAGCUACCCGGAGCGGGCGCGCAGGAUCAUCGCCGCCGUCUUCCUGUUGGCGCUGGCGUCGGGCGUGCCGUUCUUCUGGUGGUCGGACAUGUGGCGGGUCAGUCGCCCGCCCACGGCGCUGGACACCGCCCUGAUCUGGACGCACGUGACCAUCAUCUACUUCCUGCCUUGCGGCACCUUCCUGGUUCUGAACUCGCUCAUCAUCCGCCGGCUGCGAGCUCGCCAGAGGCAGCCGUGCUGCCAGGAGGAGUGCGGCCCCCGCGCCGCCCCGGCGAGGCGUCUGGGGAAGACCACGGCCAUGCUGCUGGCCAUCACCUCCGUGUUCUCGGUCCUGUGGGCUCCCAGGACGGCGGUGGUCAUCUACCACCGCUACGUCUCCUCCGUCUACAGGGACUGGCGCGUCCACCUGGCAUACGACCUGUCCAACAUGCUGGCCAUGCUCAACACCGCCGUCAACUUCUUCCUCUACUGCUUCGUCUCCAAGCCCUUUCGUGCCGCCGUGCGGGACGUCCUGCUGCUGAGGGGCGGGGCGCUGCACCCCCGACGCACCCUCCCCCACCAGCGGGCCCCCGCCCAUGCCUCCACCUCCUCGCUGUCAAGCGGGACCAAGCGCCCCCAGCAAGACUCCACCCCCCUACCGCCAGGAGCAUGCAAGGACAGCCAGACCAUGUGACCCCCUCCCUCCUCUGUAUGUCUAACUGGCCCCACUCCCACGGCCCUGAAGCACUUACGCCCUCUGAGCCACCCUGUGCAUUCCAGGCCUGUCCUCAGACAGCACGCCAAUCAUCCUCUGAGCAUUCUCCAAGGGCCAAACUGUUUUUUUUACAGAUGUUAUUUAUCAUGUUAUUCUUCACGGAAAUUAACAAACGUGACACAGUAUUUAUUAUUGACACUGUCAGUGGAUCACAAAAUGAGUGCUCUUUUUCGCCCAAGCAUGGUACAUGAUAUCUUUGGGGGGGGACACUUUAGGUUUGGUGUGCAGCCAGUGAGCUACAGUGUGCUGGGUAGCCUGGUAGCAUGGUAAUGAAAGACAGCCAGAAUUCAUUACAAUGUGAGUCGACUCUAAACAUGUUAAAUAUUCAAAAUGCAACCCAAUUUGUAUUUUUUUAUCAAACGUUGGUGAAGACAGGAUUCUGGAAAGUUAGAAGCUGCAGAUUGUGGAUCUCCAUGGAUCUUUCUGGAAGAGCUGCAACACUCCUCUGUGGAGCAAACAGUCCACCUGCCCAAAUCACUGUACGUCAGGCUUGCUGAGCACAACUAAUGGAGCAGAGAAAUAAGCCCUUCACCGCUACAGCAAACUCCGAAUAGCAAACCACAGCUGUUAACGCUUGUGUUUAUUUUUCAUGAAAUGCAACUCGAUGGGGCCUUAAAUGAAGGUUUGCUGUCUAAGCACAGGGAGUGAAGCCCACGCUAUUCAAACACUCUCUACCCCCCUCCUCCCCUGUGGGGUUAGUCCAGCUAAACAAACCAAACAGCAGACUGAUGGUCGGCACAAACACACGUGUCGGCCAGUACAUUUCCAUCCUGAGCGGUACGGCUACUUUAGCAAGCAAACGUAGCACAAAAGUCAUGCAAAUCGUUUCUGAACGAAUGUGUGAGAUCUUGACUUUGGCUUGCUACAUAGUGACUGCAUUUGUUUAGCAAUAUUGGGAACAGCGAUCUGCUCUUAAAUUGAGUUUUAAUUAAAAAGCCGAGUGCGGAGGCCCCUUCCUGUCACAGCUUUGAUCGUUUAUUGAUCGUGUUGCUCAUCAAUGCCUACCGAGGAAAAGGCCUUUAGAGAAGGUCAUAUCUUAAUUGAAAUGCAUGCUUUCAUUUCAAUUUUACUAGUUUAUCCAUCAGAAUGAAUACUUGUUGAUAUGAUUAUUUUUUUCCUCACAGAUCAUGUGGAUGAUUUUGGGAAAAAGUUUUUAAAAGAUUAGUGAAAAAAGAUAGUGUAUUCUGUAUAUUUUUUACAACCGCAUACAAUCAUAACCACAUCACAGAAUAGUCUUAGCAAUGUUUUGAAUCUUGAAUGUGAAAGCCUGUCAUAAUCAGUAAGUGAUAUGAUUGUGUGAAACUAGACCUCUUUCAAAAGGCAGCUUACUGUACGUCUUCACUGAUUCCAUGAUUGUGACUCAGCGAGUCUAAAACGUGAUGUUUUAACA